GAUCAGAUACUGACAGAGUCACAGAAACGCCGGCGCUGCACCAAACCCGUUCUUUUAGCAGAAACACACCAUGAACCUGAAAUGGAUCAUCACGCUCAUGGUUCUGAUCAUUACUGAGAACAAUGGGAUUUCAGGGAAAGAGGUGCGAGUAAAACUUUGUGGUCGUGAGUUUAUCAGGAUGGUUGUAACAUUGUGUGGAAGUUCACGAAUGAGACGCUUUGCACCUGAGUUGAUCCCCGUGUCCAUCAGUCCUCAGGAAACACAUUACAUCAGUGAUCUGUUUCCUGAUCUCAUGUCACUAAAGAGCAGCAGUGAGGACCAGACCAUCAAAGAUUUUUCAGAGAAACAUCUAAACUCUUCAUCAUCUUCAUCAUCAUCAUCAUCAUCUUCUUCUUCUUCAUCAUCAUUUCUCAAAAUCACACAGUUUUCAGAACAUUCCAGUUCAAGGCUUCAGCGUGAUGUUGGACCUGCGGGAGUGUGCUGCAGAUCCGGGUGUACCAAGACUGAACUGGUCCAAUAUUGCUGAACACACACUUAACAUACACACUUAACACACAUAACAUUGCUGCUGAAUACACGCACACACACACACACACACACACACACACACACACACACACACACAAAACAUACUACUGAACAAACUUUUCCAGCAGCAGUCACAAUUUUGUCAGAGAUUUUGUUUCUUUGUUUUCUGUUGAAUUUGAGAAUGUGUGUAAAGUGUGUGUUUGGUGUAAGUUUGUUUGGAAUAAGUGCGUUUCUGUGCAUGGUGCAAGUGUGAUGAUGUAAUCAAAAGUAAAACAUAUAAAAGAUAAUCUGCAUGUAGUUUAUAUAGAAACUGCUGUUUUAUUUAUUUUAUUAUAUUCAUUGUGCCAUUUUUAUUUUGUAUGUACAAUUUUAAUAAACAAUGCAGAAACCUGA